UCGCGCCGCGCAAAACUGCGGCUGAUUGAUUAGACUGCCGCUUUAAAGUACACCCAAAGCUGCUGGUUUGCCCACUUCAUUUCGGUCGGUUACUAAACUUUUCACUGACGAAGAAUUCGCAAAAAUGGCGAAUCGCAUGAUGGAUAUGGGUAUGGAUGUUCAGGUCAAUCGCCGGCUGAACAGUAAGUACGAUGCCGCUAGCGAGCAAGAAGCGAUCGGAUGGGUCAAUAAACUGACCGGAGACAAUGUGCCGCUUGGCAGAGAAAAUGUAUGUGCUAGUCUCAAGAAUGGUCAGACACUGAUCAAAUUGAUCAAUAUCGUGUACGAAGGUACAACACAGCUUCCACCAGAGGCCGCUCGCCAGAAACGUCCAUUCAAAGCAAAUACAAUGUCGGCUCCCUUCAAACAGAUGGAAAAUAUUCAGAUGUUUCUGAAUGCUGCUGCAGCCUACGGUGUGCCUCGGACCAGCCUUUUCCAAACCGUCGACCUUUACGAGGCUCGAAACAUGGCACAGGUCCUGAACACACUGUUGCAACUGGGAACUGAGUGCCAACGGAACAAUUUCAACGGAGAAACCUGUGGUCCAAAGCCAACUUACGAGAAUAAACGGGAGUUUACGGAGGAACAAUUACGUGCAUCUGAGGGAAUUAUUGGGCUUCAGGCUGGCACAAACAAGUUGGCUAGUCAGGCUGGAAUGAGUCAUGGUGGGCCACGGCAUAUUGCUGACAUCAAAGUUGAGGCGGCCAGUAAAGAAGGUCAGUCUGUUCUUGGCCUACAAAUGGGGUCCAAUAAGGGGGCAAGCCAAGCCGGUAUGAGUCAUGGUGGGCCACGACAUAUUGCUGAUAUCAAGGUUGACCAGGCCAGCAAGGAAGGACAAGCUGUGCUUGGUCUGCAAAUGGGGUCCAAUAAGGGCGCAAGCCAAGCCGGCAUGAGCCAUGGGGGCCCCCGCCACAUUGCUGAUAUUAAAGUUGAUGCAGCCAGCAAAGAGGGUCAGAAUGUAAUCGGACUUCAGAUGGGGAGCAAUAAGUUUGCUAGCCAGGCUGGAAUGAGCCAUGGCGGCCAACGGCACAUCGCAGACAUCAAAGUUGGAGAAAUGUCGAAGGAAGGCAGCGGUGUCAUUGGAAUGCAGAUGGGUCCCACCAAAGACCAGGUUGCUUCACAAUCGGGUAUGAGCUUCGGUGCACAGCGUCACAUCAUCGAUAGCCACUGAAUAUGUCGUUUGUGGACAAGGGUUUUGUUGCAUGGAAACCGAACAAAUCGACAUGUCUAUUUUUAUUAAUUCAUUCUUUCAACUCUCUGCACUAUUUCCCCAUAUCCGCAAAGGACCCUGGGAAAUUCCGCAGUUCUCUAAACGGUCCUCUAUUUCCCUUCAGGAUCACAUGUCACCGACUAUUCUCUGAUUUUUUCGCAUGAACGUGCUUAUUCAACCUAUAUUGCGGUGUUUUCAGUCAUUUAUUUAUCGCUUGCCAGUCACCGAUUUUCGUCUGCUGUUGAGCAUUUCGAAAAAUUUACUUUAAUCGAAAAUUUUUAAUCUAUACAGACGUAACGUCAGAUGUGGUCGGUACAUUUAUCUUUCAACUUUGAUGCUGGAACGAAUUUCUUGAUUCAGAGGGACAUUGCAAUUCAUUCUCUCUGAAUAAAAGUGUUCGAAAAACCACG